GAGCGCUGUAGUCAAUCGAUUGGACGUCCUUCGAAUGUUUCAUGGCAAGGCUGUAGGAGUCACAAACCUAAGGCGGCCUCUUUCUCUCCUUGUCUAUUUCAGGCCAUGAUUGGAAGUCUUCUCGUGGUAUGAAACGGCGAUGUCGAAGGCGCAGCGUAUGCUGGCGAUUCUGCACUGCCGUCUGUGUUCAGCCUUGUCUCAAGCUUGAUGUGUAUAAGCAUUCGCCAGUUUGUGGGUGGUUAUGGGAGUUGUGAAAGAAGAUAUCUUACCUUCCAGCGCUGCAUCGUAGCAACACAAGAGCCAACGCAAAACAAUUCCUCAAAAUGCACGUCUCAGUCCUCUCGAUCGCCGCAGUCCUGCUCAGCUCCAUCGCAGAGCUAGGCACAGCCUUGCCUCAAAUCCCCAACAAUCCCGCCGCAUCCGUUCUCGCCGAAGCUGUCGCAACCUGGAACAACGAACCCACCACUCCGACGAUAAACGUCAACGGCAUCAACGACCUCAUCAGCGCCGUAACAGCAAUUAUACCUUCACCAACUCCUCCUCCCCCUCCACCAAAGCCCCCAGGACCUCUCUGCCGCUACAUCCUCACCGGCAUCAACUCCUACGGCGGCGGAGGCGGUGGCGGCGCCUACCAAUCCCACAUCAACAUUUGGGACUUCAACUUUUCCAUCGAAGACUCCAAGAGCGGCAAAAAGCGCUACACCAAAAUCUUGUCCGGUGAUCUCAAACCCUACGCGUUCUCCGUCGGUCGCGCAGAUUAUAAGGGCACGCACAAUAUGUGCGUGAGCGCAGACUUUUGGCGCGGAAGUUAUAAGUGGAAUAGCUGUCGCAUUUCGUUCGAUGGGGGAGAGUAUAUUGAGGGCAAACGAGAGAAGGUUGAUAUUGAUAGUAAUAUCGUCUCUGUUGUAAAGAGUAGGUGUGUGGUUGAGUAUGAGUGUUGAGGAGGAAUGGGAAGCUUGGUGUGGCAGCUCGCUGUGGCAGCUUGCUGUAAUCUUGAUGGCAAACUGGAUGAAGCGCAUCUCUCCACUCAUUGUUAGUGUGUACUCAUACCGUUUGAUGAUGAGACUCAUGUGAUAUGAUGUCUCAAUGUUCCGAUAAUAUCACGUUAACUCGUUAUGCCGCUCGUCAUUCAUACUUCGUAUCCCGUAGAUCCAGGAAUUACCUCGCGAUCUCGAGGUGAGACUUCAAUUCCGAUCACACAGAGCAGAGCACAGAGCAACUCCGCACCCACACAACGUCGUCCGAGUCCAGGAAAUUCUUGUUUCAGGUACGCAAACCAUCACACCCACUCUCUUCAAAGCUUCUUCACACACGUGCGUGUCCGACUGUGUCGUGUGCUUGAAAGGCUGACCUUUUUCUUCACCGGAAGAAGGAUGCCUCUUCUGAAGCACCGUGCAUGGAUAUUCAACAACAAUCCAAGCCACUGCUAUAUUACUGAUCAAUGCAUUCACACGUUCUUGUGUUUGAUC